CUAGAAAAAAGAUGAAAUCAACCAACACCAUCCCCCAAAGUAAACUUGAAAUGCAGCAAACCAAUAGAUCCAGAAGGCUUAUCGGGCAAAGAUAGAAUCGGAGAAAAGCUUGUCAUUCGGCAUGUCGGUCCAUCAGCUUGGUCGAAAGCAGCGCAACAAGGAUGACGAUAAUGACAGUAAUAUGACAGAUAACAGUCAAACCAUUCAACCGUUUGAAGAGACUAUAAGAGCAUUUCAAGUCUCUCUAGAACGAUCAGCAGAAUUAAAACUCGAAAACGUCGAAGCACUAAACAAUUAUAGUCUACAUUAUGGCUUUACUUCAUCACAGGCACUUCGUGUGGUAAAGUUAGCGAUUCAAUUUGCAAAGAAUAAGAACAAUUUAUACCUGAUACGGAUCGGUAAGCUGUUCAAUUCUGUUCGUCCCGCGCCACAGACACUGUUUGGUCCAUCUCUAAUAUAUGCAAUCUUGGAUGCCUUGGGCGGAAACACAAAUACUGGGCUAGAUACUUUGGAGGAUGAUGAUGAUUCGAUGGCAAAUGAUGAUGAAAACGUGUCUUCAAAGAUAAAAAAAGUGUUACCAGUCCGCACUCAAGGUGAUGCUCUUCAACUGCUGCUCAAUUUAUACGCUCCCCCUUCAAUUACCAUGCACGCACAAAAGCAAGGUGAACUUCGAAUUGCAAAUCUGCCAAAGAGCUUCUUCAACGUGAAAGCACUAAAAAUUCUUGAGAAAUGUUAUGGUGUUCUUUUUCAUUACUUGGAAUACGAAACUCUACGACCGACAUUAUGCCACCUUUUAUGCUUGCUCACAAGACGCAAGCAUGUUCGUUAUUAUCGAAUCGCACGAGCAUUAGCAUUGCGUAAUAGGGAUCCUACGGAUAUCUCAUUGAACGCUUUGAUCAAUACGUAUGCUGCUUAUUAUCCUGAUAUGCUAUUUGCUGAAUCUACAAGUGAGCGACAAAUGUAUGUUCGAUCUUCAAAGGGAGACGUACAUGGACUGAAAUACCCGGGUUUGCCAUGGCUUAUGAGUGUUUACAAGAUAUGGAAUGCAUCAAAUACGCAUGGAAAAGGUCCGUCUUUAGGCAGUGCUGGUCAGGGUCAAGAACCUCGAGCAAGGAUGGGAUCCGGUCUUUUGGAAAAUAUUGCUCCGCCUCCGCUCCUUCUGAUGAGCGAUGAAAGGACAAUUGCAGUUUCAGAAAUGUCAUCUUUUCGGGAACUUGGUUAUCGGUUCGAUAGAGUACGCAUGCCCGAUCAAAUUUCUAGUGCCUUAGGUCACAGGAUGACCAUGUUGGCUGUUUUAUGCAAACAAAGUGGUCAAUCGAUGAUGAAAGAUUUUGCAAGAAUGUAUGAAUGGACAUUAGGAACGAUAAGCGAUCAAAUGAGCUUGCCUUUGCUGUACAUUCAAGGUUCGCUUCCUUUGGUUCGUGCGGAUCAUGCACAUGCAGCAAGUGCUACUCUGUUGGAUGGAUUGGAAAGCUUUGUACGCUUUGUGGGCUGUUUUGAUGAUCGAAUGCAAAGUCGGGUAUGUCGUAUGCUUCAUUUUGAUGCAUGGAAUAAUUACUCCAAACGGGAAAAGCGAUCACUGUUGAAAUUGGUUGAGAGAAGCAUACCAAGACGACGAGAAGCAUUUCAAGCGGGUUUGAUACAACCACUUUCCAAAAUAGCCAAAGAUUGCAAAGCCGAAGAAGCCAUUCUGGUGCUCAGAUGUUUUGCCAAUUUGAUUCGACAUUGGGCAAAUCAGGAUUGGCAAUCAAUAUUACGCAUGAUCGAAGAAAAAGGUCAUGCUUACUGGGGAUCGGUCCGGUUAGUAGCGGGAGAUGAUAUGGUGGACACGAUCGCAAUGACAAUCUCGCAAGCUGUUACUCUUUCGAACCAAUUACUCUGCAAGCAUAUUCAUUCAAUCUCCUUGCUUCAUGCAUCAUUAUCUUUACACGAGGCCAUCUUUGACGUAUCACUGAUCGGAAUGCACGAUCUUCUGUUACCGCCCACCUUUGCCUUGUACUCACCCGGAUUCUCUCAACAUGGUGGUGUGAUGACAUUAUCUCGUCAACUAGGCUUGGUUCACAGUGUUCGUCGGAUGCACGAAGAUUAUCUGGUGGCCAAGGAGAAUGGCAGAACGAGUGAAACGAUCAAUCCAGACGGAUCUAGGAUACCCGUCGUACUGCAAGAUCGUCGAAGUAACUUCUUUGCGGAAGAAUGUAGCGAUCAAAUCAAUGACUGCGUCAUCCUGUUGAUCGAUCUGGUAUGGAGAAAUAAUGGUUUCGCAUCUGUUGAAUCGGGCAAUGCCGAUAUCGGCUUACCGAACGAAUUCUUCGUUGGUCUCACUUCUCGCUGUGCAAUACGAGGUGAUGAACUUCAAAGGAUCGGUAGUCCAAGUCACAGUGCAACCUUGGGUAUUCUGAUGGAAGCAUAUGCAAAUGAUCUAGCACGUAAACGUGGAAGCAAUAUACCCAUUCUACAUGGUCCUUUGACGCCUGCCAAACUCAAAGAAGCACGUAAGAAACAUUUCGUCAAUAUCCAUCAUCGUGACUUCAGGGACAGCUUCUUGAAUUGGCUAUUCCGUUACGGAGCCAAUGGGAUUAGUGAUUUACUCAAUGCUACGAUCACCCGUUUCAUUCGAGGACAAGAAAUCGAUCAAAGCACCAUUUUGGGCUAAUUAUGCACUUUUUCUUUAUCCUGUACUUCUACCUGUAUUAUCAGUCCCUUGUAAUAACCGAAUUUUGGUGAAUUGAUUAUCGUGAUCAGUACAAAUACAAGUGGUGCAUGUCCUCCUUUAGACGACCUUAGAAGCCAAAGCUAGGAUCUUACUCCAUCCCUUGGUCCUUAGUUCCGCUCCAACAACUCCAUUGAUACGUGUUCCUAGAGGUUCUUUACGAUUGUUCAGUAAAACACAAGCGUUAUCAUCAAAUCGAACCGUUCUUCCAUCUGCGAGUUUUCGUGUCGUUUCCUUUGCCG